AUUUCACUUAUUGUUUAUUUAGUAGGAAUUAAUAUUAUGGAAGACACAAUAUCAAUUACACUCGACUGUAUAGUAGAUAAAGUAUCAAAUAAUUUAGAAAAUAAAAUUGAAAAAAUCAAUCAAUGCGUAUCAAUAAGCAUUGACGAUAAUUCACUUGAAGAAAAAUCUUGUCGUAUUUGCUAUGACUUAACUCUAUUACCUAUUAUUUAUCCAUGUCGAUGUAAGGGUACGAUGGGAGCAAUCCAUUUAUCUUGUUUAGAACGCUGGUUGGAGGAGAGUAACAGAAAUAGUUGUGAGUUGUGUGGUUAUCAAUUUGAUAUAGAACGCACACCACGUUACAGUGCAUUACACUCCAUAAUAAUAUGGAUGUGCACAAAACAAGAGGAACAACAAUUAUUUGUACGUAAUAUACGUGUUGAUUUAAUACGUUGCAUGAUCGCCACUCCACUGACAUUAGGCUCAACUUACGUAUGUAUUGUCGCCGCGGAUUUUUAUUCGACAAAUAACUAUGACAACUUCCCGCCUGCAAGAUGGACAACUUAUUCACUUGUUGCUAUGAUGAUACUAGUUGUAUUUUCAUAUUUUGCUUGGAUCUACAUGGCCUUGCAAUAUCAUCAACGAGUAUGGUUUUAUUGGUGGCAAAAAACAAGUGUUGUUAAGUUGAAGCAUCAUCACACGUCGAUGGAAGACGUAAAUAAAAAUCUGACGAUGUACCGCUCGAGGAUGAGCCACGGGAUCUUGCCAGUCUGA